GCGGCCCCGCCUGCGCAGGGCGGCGGCGGCGGCCAUGGGAGCGGGGCGGGCGGCGCUGGCGCUGUGGGCGAUGGCGGCCGCCCUGUGCCGGCCGGGACCCGCCUGGGCGGCAGAUGCCAAGUGGAGAGCGAUAACUGGCCAAAUUAAGAGAGCUGUGGAAGCCUAUGAGCCGUGUGUAAAGGAGAAUUGCAGCUGCCACCAAAGUGUCUGGAAGCAGGACCUGGCUCCUUUUCGAGGUGGCAUUUCUAAGGAAACAAUGUCAGAUGUGGUGAGCCGGAAGCUCGGGACGCACUACCAGAUCAUUAAAAACAAACUGUACCGUGAGCAGGACUGCAUGUUCCCUGCAAGAUGCAGUGGAGUUGAGCACUUCAUCCUGGGGAUCAUCAACCGCCUCCCUGACAUGGAAAUGGUGAUCAAUGUGCGAGACUACCCCCAGGCUCCCAAGUGGAUGAAACCCCUUAUCCCAGUCUUCUCCUUCAGUAAGACAUCUGAAUACAAUGAUAUCAUGUAUCCUGCCUGGACAUUUUGGGAAGGAGGACCAGCUGUUUGGCCAAUUUACCCAACAGGUUUAGGGCGCUGGGACCUCAUGAGAGAGGACCUUAGAAGAUCUGCAGAGAAAUGGCCAUGGAAGAAAAAAAUCUCUAAAGGGUAUUUCCGAGGAUCCAGAACGAGUCCUGAGAGAGAUCCCCUCAUCCUGCUGUCCCGAGAAAACCCUGAACUUGUUGACGCUGAAUACACUAAAAACCAGGCUUGGAAAUCUGAAAAGGACACCUUAGGAAGGCCUCCUGCAAAGGAAAUUCCGCUGGUUGAUCACUGCAAAUACAAGUACCUGUUCAACUUCCGGGGAGUGGCGGCCAGUUUCCGCUUGAAACACCUUUUCUUGUGCGGUUCACUCGUCUUUCACGUUGGGGAAGAGUGGUUGGAGUUCUUCUAUCCCCAGCUGAAGCCUUGGGUCCACUACAUCCCGGUGCGACCAGACCUCUCUGACGUCAGAGAGCUGUUGCAGUUUGUAAAGGAAAAUGAUGCCAUAGCACAAGAAAUUUCAGAGAGGGGACGCCAGUUCAUCACAGAGCACUUGCAGAUGGAGGACGUCUCUUGCUACUGGGAGCAUCUGCUGUCUGAAUAUUCCCAGGCCUUGACUUAUAAAGUGAAAAGGAGGAAGAACUACAGCCAGAUCACUCCUGAAUGGCUGAAAACAGAACUAUAGAGAUUUCUCUGUUUUUCUCUUCAGCUCAAACUGAUUGCUGUGGAAAUCUGAAGAUCAGUUUUAACUUCUUUCUUGCCCUCUCAGACUUCUCUUUUACACUAGAACUACAGAGAAGAGUGGUAGGAUGACUUUGACAUUGCUCCCAGGCAGUGGGACCUGGUUGUACUGUCACCAUAAGCAUGUUAAGUAGAAUGUUGGGUUAUGGCUUUUGGAUGGGGUGGUCAGUCAUGGCUGGAGGAGGGGUUGUUAGCAUUUAGGACUUAGUUACUACCUGUCUUAGAAUGAGCCUAAAUCUCAUUCAGUCGAUGAGAAGCCUCGCUGCUCUUUUACUGCACUUUUUACCAAGUCCUCUGACAGAAGCAGGUACUGGGAUUUGCAGGUAACCUUUUUGGAUAGUUUAGAGCUUACGUGUAUGUUGGGUUUUAGAGGUUGAUGGUAAGGCUUUGCCAUUCCAUUGAAAGUACAAAUGAUCCUUGCAGAGUUAAACUACGUACCUUAUAGGGCAGCAGCGGGUGAUGGUGAUAUGGCCCCAGCACUCAGGAUGAGUAGCAGACAGUGACGUGGUUGGCAGCUGAGAUAGGGAUGGUUGGUCCUCUGACAGCUGAGCUGGGUGCCUGGAGGGCCCUGCAGAAUUGAACCUCUGUUAAUUAGCUCUCACCAGCUGGCUGGCCAGACAUCCUGGGACCCUUAGGAACCCAGAGAAAGUACUGGGAGAGGUAGAUUCAGUGCUUCUUUCUUCCAGAAGUUCAGAGUCUACUCUGAUCCCCUUUUGUAAUUUUUCUAGGCUUAUAUUGGGCUUUUUUUUUUUUAACUUUGGUUGUUUGGUUUUUUUUUUUUUUGAGGUUGGUAACACAUGUGCUCACUUCCAUACUCAUUUUUCUUCCCCACAGCUGUUCCACUGCUUUUCUCAUCUCCUUCAGCCUGGUUGAGGGAAUGUAUUCAGUCACACAGUGGCAGCUACUCCUCACACUGCUCAGUUUGAGUUCAGUCACAGGUUGCUUGUGCUCCCUGUGUUUGUGCCCACAACAGGCUGCUCAGCCCAGAGGGAGUGAAAUGCUCUGUGUGCCCUGAAGGGAGAGGCCUGGCAGGGAGCAGCAUCUUCUCUGGCACUCAGACAGGAGAACACGGGCUCUGUGGGGUGGCAGGAGGGACACGGCCUCCCGGGGGAGCACCCUUGAUUGUAAAGCAGCCUCAAGGCUGAGGGAGCAGCACAGUAUAAUGGAGAAGAGGGAUAGCAACAGCUCAGUCUCCUCUGCAGUCAGGAUCAGGGAGGAAGGAAAAUACAUGGAACAAUAACACUGAGUGGACCUGUGCACAUGUGCGCUCACAGCACUGCCAAGCCCUGGUACAGGGACAUAACUUCCUGGACCUAUUGGCCAAGUGCCUGUUGCUGCAGCAGCAUCUUGGUUACAGGACCAAUGCCUGGAUUAACCCAGCCCGCUAAGAAAACAGAUUGGGCCAUUAAAAUAGCCUGGUUUCUGAGGAAAAGAACUGUGAGAGUGGAAAGGGUUUUUCUGGUUUUCUAUUUUUAGUCAACAGAGAGACAGCACUCGGGGAAACUGAAACAGCUCUGUAUGAUAUUUUUAAACCAUUUGUAAUGAAGCGCGUUUUGGAAUAAAACAAACGAAAACGAA